AUGGUUGUUUCCGAGGCCAUAUUUGUUGGUGGUAACAGACAGACCCAGGUUAGUGAUUACACCUCAGAAUGGGGCAUCUUGGCUUUUGGAGCCGGCAAGACUAUAGCCCUGUGGAAGCCUUUGGACACAGCCAGCCGUGGGGUUUAUAGAACACUGGAGGGCCACAAUGCAGAAGUGACUUGUGUCAGGUUUGUCAGCGGGACAAACUUGAUGAUUUCCGCAUCUGAAGACUCCCAAAUAAGAGUUUGGGAGCACACCAGUGAUGCGCAAGAUGACACUUUUAAUUGCAUCCAGAUAUUAGACCAUCACAAACAUACAAUUACAACGAUCUCUGCGCUGAGCAAUAUUUUUGCCGUGGGCUGUGCUGAUGGUUCAGUGUCUAUGUGGAGUCUAUCUGGCGACGUUGCCUCAUUGGUGCACACUUUCGAACCAAAAAAGAACACUUUACCAUUGUGCUUGGCUUUGAAAGAGGUUCAGGACAACAAGAUCUUGCUGGCUGUUGGAGGAACAAACCCAAAUGUCUUCAUUUACUCUUUUGUCUGGGAUUCUGAAACCCUAAACAAUUUCCAACAGGCGGCUAUUUUAGAGGGCCACGAAGAUUGGAUUAAAGCCAUGGACUUUUAUGAAGAAUCAUCAGGAAACAUAAUUCUUGCCACAGGCUCUCAGGAUCGCUACAUCAGGCUAUGGAGAAUACGAACAAAUGAACUUAUUGACAAUUCAGACGAGGACGACUUCAAACUGAAACUUUUAAGCAACAAGCAGUCAAAAUUCUCUAUAAGUUCAGACUUGAGGGUCGCCAUUAAUUUCGAAGCCCUUAUUGUUGGUCACGAUGAUUGGGUUUCAUGUUUGAAAUGGCACGAGGAUCGACUUCAGCUACUGGCCUCAACGGCCGACACAGCUAUAAUGGUAUGGGAACCUGACGAGGAAUCCGGGGUUUGGGUUUGCGCUUCUCGCCUUGGCGAGCUGUCCUCUAAGGGUGCAUCAACUGCGACUGGCUCAGCUGGUGGCUUCUGGUCGUGCAAUUGGUUCACUCUAGGUGAAAGAGAUUAUAUUCUAACCAAUGGUAAAACAGGUUCAUGGAGGAUGUGGGAAUCUGGCGACUUGGGAAUCUGGGAUCAACAUUUGGCUAUAACUGGUCCCACCAAGUCUGUCACUGAUGCAGCGUGGUCGCCAAAUGGUCGCUAUCUUUUGUUCACAUCUUUGGACCAGACCACGAGACUUAUCGCUCAAUACAGAAAGUCGGACAGCCAAAGUGGAAAGGCGGGGUCUUGGUUUGAGUUUUCUAGACCACAAAUUCAUGGAUAUGACAUGAUAUGCGUAGAGCCAAUUUCAAACACCAGGUUCAUAAGUGGUGGUGACGAGAAGAUUUUAAGAUCUUUUGAUGAGCCCAAAGGUGUUGCUCAAAUUUUGAAUAAGUUUGCUGAUAUUCCUAUCGAAGAUGAAAGUAGCAUGCCAGAAUCAGCAUCUUUGCCAGCUCUAGGGUUGUCAAGCAAGGCUACUGCCGAUGUUGACGAGGAUGUGGAUGAGGAUCCCGAUGUUCGAGAAACCAACGAAACUAAAAAUAUUUCCUUUGAUGUCGUGGCUUCUCUAACAACCCCUCCUAUUGAGGAUCAACUUCAGAGACAUACAUUGUGGCCUGAAAUUGAAAAACUAUACGGACAUGGCUACGAAAUGUCUUGUCUAGACGUAAGUCCAGAUGGUAACGUAAUAGCAUCAGCAUGUAAAUCCAACAACAUGCAACAUGCUGUUAUUCGCUUUUUCGACGCUAACACUUGGCUGCAGCCCAAACCUGCAGAGCAGCUUCAUAAUUUGACAAUUACAAGACUACGAUUCUCCGGGGACAAUAUCCACUUGCUGAGUGUCAGCAGAGACAGACAGUGGGCGCUGUGGAAAAGAAACCUAGCCACAAAUGACUUUGAGCUAGCCUACAAGAACGAAAAAGCACACACAAGAAUUAUCUGGGAUUGUGAUUGGGCGCCUCAAGAGUUUGGUCAGGUUUUCUUCACGGCUUCGAGAGAUAAAUGUGUCAAAUCGUGGAGAUUUUCCGCUCAGGAAAAUACUUAUACCCAAGAGAACUCUUUGAAACUCACCGAACCGGUCACAGCUGUAUCUAUUUUUCCGAAACUUUUGCAUAGCAAGCUUGUCACGGCCGUAGGAUUGGAAAGUGGAUCUAUUCACAUUUAUACUUAUGACGGUGAAUUUAGGAAGGUCACAGAGAUUGGCAAAAACCUCGCGCCUUCUGAUAGAAUCAACAGGUUAAGGUGGUCGUCUUAUCUUGAAGAUGAAAAGCUUGUUUUUGCAGCAGCAAGCGCCGACCACUCUGCCCGUGUCUAUUCUGUCAAGUCGAGCACUAUAGAAGAAAAUACUAAAUAA